AUGGCAUCGUUGCCGCAACCCAAAUUUGAACCUAAAGCCCCCGACAAAAGCUCGUCGGCGGCCGGGUGCGAAGUUCAAAAGAAAAUUCAAGAAUCCGCCGACUGUUCGAACAACAACAAGUCCAAAUCAUUGUCGCUGGAUUUAUCGAAUUUGAACACAGCUAGUUUUAAGUCCUUAUUAGAAGAAGUGGUCGCAUACGAUACGGCUAAACAGACUAAAAGCGAAUUAUACAACAAUCUGCUGGAAGAUGUGACUCAAAAUGGAGAAGAUGAUGUAAAGCGACCAUUGCACAAUCAACGCUUAGUUGAUAGCCAGACUGAUCUUGAUAAGUUAUCAUCUAAAGACCAACACAUCAAGGAAAAUUCUUCUCUUGAAGCUUUUGAUUUAGCACCAGAUUUUAAAAAGCGGCUCUCUGGUGUCACUACCAAAGUUAGCGCCCGUCAACUAGAAGGAGGUUCAUUACCAAGUCAUGUUAACCAUGCACAAGCUAUAUCUGUAUUGAUAAAUAAGAAAAAUACCCAAAACACUCGUAAGAAAAUUGCGGAGUCAUCAAAAAUGGCUAAAAAUGUAGAUAAAGUGGUUGAUCUUGGAGACUUUGGGUAUGAAGAAAUUCAGGUUAAAGAUAUGUCAAAUUAUACUAGUCAUGCAAGUUUGGAAAUCUGUCCUGGUAAAGAUGAGACUAAAAUAGAUGAUCGAUUUACUACACCAUUAUUGUGCAAGCAAUCGAGUCAAAAUUAUGAAGAUCAUGAUUCCUACAUGGAAAUAGAUGCUUCACCAUACACUAAAGAUUCCAAAGACGGAAUGACUAAAGUACUGCCACGGACUUCAGGUGAGGGCGAUCCAGACGUGAAAAACUGUUUACUUCAGCCAGCUACAGUGGUAACGGAUUUUAAUAAAGAUGCACAAAUGAUAGACCAUCGUUUGUUACACCUAUUUGGAGGCCAAAUUAAUUGCUAUCAAAAUCCUUAUAAUGGAUUUUCACAACCAAUGAGUUUGCAUUUUUUAACACCAAAUGAUAACCUAGGAUUACAGACUGCAUAUAAUAAUAAUAGGAGAAACAAUACUGAAGAUACUAGUAAUACUGCAAUUAAAAGAAAUAAGCAAAAAAAAGAAUUAAAGAAGAGAGAUGAGGUUGUUCGCUCUGAAGAUAUUCAAGGAUAUCGAGGGGACAAAAAUAUUGAUGAAAUCUUAAAGUUCAUUGGAGAUAAAAGUGGUGAUAAUAAAAAAAAUAAAGGUAGUAAAACAAAAAAUAAAAUAAAAAGUCGAAAUGGAAAAGGUUCUGAUGAUGAUUGUGGUAGGCCAAAAAAUGGUAAAAUGAAAAUGACCAAGUAUAAUAGUGUUGAAGAAGUAUCUACAACAGUCUUUCAACAUAUGGAUAGUUCAGACGAUGAGUCUAAAUCAAUUAAAAGUAGUAAAAAAAGUAAAAAAAAAAUACCAAAACAAAAUCAGUCUUCUAAGAAGUUUGCAUCUACUGAACAGAGACUUGAUGUAUUAUCGUCAGAGUCACAAGAUACAGAUUCUGCUGAUUUUUUGUUGGUUACCAAUAAACAGAGGAGAAAAAAACAGAAAUCACAAAAUAAAUUAAAUACAACCACUAGUAACUUUCCUCCUCAUGACUCAUAUUUAUUGUCACAGUAUACACAACCUAAAAGUGUAAAAAAUAAAAAAAGAAGGAAAUCCACAUCUUCAAUGCCUCAUUCAGACAAAUCUGAAGAUAACUCUGAUCUAGAUUCUGUACACUCUCUGCCUGCCUCAUCUACACCUUCUAAACAGCCAUCAUACAAAGAAACUCCUAAAACUGAUUUGACUAAACCAGCCUGUGUAGUUACCACUUCUGAAGAGUCAAUACCAACAGUUACUGUUGCAUUACCGCAGCGAAAUACUGACAGUAUAGCGAGUAAUGUAAAUUACGAUAAUGAAUGUAUCAAUGGGGAUGUGCAUGUCACAUAUAUUGUGCAUGAACCCCAAAAAGCGGAUAUUGAGACCGCUAAAAAGACUGCCGUUUUAAACAAAGUUCCUGCAGCGGUCCCCCCACAGAGCGCCUCGCUGACUGUGCGUGUACCGUCAAAGAAAAAACAAAGCCCAAUUAUGUAUAAUAAGUAUGAGGUGGAUACAAGCCUGUCUUUUGGAUUUGAAAUUGACCAAAAUUUACUGUGUGAUAGUGGUAAUGAUUACUCACCUCCAGCACCAAUUCCUAUGCCUAUAGAGUACAACUAUAAAGAAGUGAUAUUGUUCAUCAAACAAGCUUGGCAAGAUGUUGAAAAAGAGAAAAUCAAUGGUAGAUCCAACAUUUUGGAAUACAAACGAGAUAACAGUGGUGUUCUUGGGGACAUAUGA